AUGGACAAGUUUUUACACGUCGGUCCAAAACGCAGGGCUGCUGAACAGGGCGAGUUACCCUACACUUCUGUUCCUAAAGUAGCAAAAACAAGGAAGUAUGAUGAUGCAUACAUAGGAAUGGGCUUCACAAGCACACUGGUGGGUGGUGAGGAAAGACCGCAGUGUGUUCUCUGUAUGACGGUGCUAGCAGCAGAAAGUUUAAAGCCAAACAAGCUUAAAUGUCACUUGGACACAACACACCCCGAUUGUAAGGAUAAGCCAGUUGAAUUCUUUCGACAAAAGCUUUUAAAAUUUCGUGCACAACGCACUACCUUCACAAAAUUUGCUUCUGUCACUGCCAAUGCUCAGCUCGCCUCAUAUAAAAUUAGCUACCUCCUUGCACAGACCAAGAAGCCACACACAGACGCUGAGGAGGUGAUCCUGCCAGGUGCCAUAGAAAUGGUAAGGGCCAUGGGCGAUGAGGCAAUCGUAAACAAAUUAAAGACAAUUCCCCUCUCCAAUAACACUGUUGGAAGACGCAUACAUGAUAUGGCAGAGGACAUUGAGGAACAGCUAACUGACCGAGUAUGUGCAAGCACACGGUUUGCUCUGCAGGUCGAUGAAGCUACUGACAGCAACCGGGACUGUUUAUUAAUCACAUACAUCCGUUUCAUUGAUGCAGAGGACAAUGACAUGAGAGAGGAUCUUCUAUUCUGCAAACAACUGAAAACGCGAGGCACAGCUGAUGAACUUUUCAGAGUGAUUGACGCUUACUUAAGAGAGGCAAAUUUGAAAUGGGAGUGCUGUCUUGGAGUGUGCACAGAUGGGGCUCAGGCUAUGGCUGGGAAGCGCAGUGGACUGCAAGCGCUGAUAAAGCGUGUGUCCCCCAAUGUACAGUGGACUCACUGUAUGAUUCACCGCGAAGCGCUAGCAUCAAAACAAUUGAGUCCCGAACUAAAUGGGGUGAUGACGGACGUAAUUGCAACUGUCAAUUACAUCAAAACGCGCCCUGUUAAAGCCAGGCUUUUCUCCGUGCUGUGUGAAGAAAUGGGAUCCAAGCACACGGCAGUGCUAAGCAGAGUUUUUGAGCUGCGAGAGGAGAUACGGAUUUUUCUCGAGGAGGAGGGCCAUGCCCUUGUACUCCGCUACAACAAUGAGCAGUUUCUGUUGGCGCUUGCGUACCUCAGUGACAUUUUCCAGAAAUUGAACGAGCUAAAUCUACAAAUGCAAGGACGCAGCACCCACCUCCCUCAACUUGCAGCGAAAAUGCAGUCAUUCACAAAGAAAUUGGAACUGUGGGGGCAGAGAAUUGAGGAGGGGGACACAGAUUCAUUUCAGAACUUGCAUUCCUUUCUCGGAAAUACCAGCUGUCAGAACACAAUCUUGCCAUGCAUUCAAUCGCACAUUUCUGCCCUCCAACAACAUUUUCAUAAGUACUUUCCAGCGACAGAUGCGGUGGCACACUAUGAAUGGCUCACAGACCCCUUCAGUGGAAAGACACCUGCUCACCUCAGUGUCGCUGAGCAGGAGAAGUUCAUUGAUGUGACCUCAGACAUAGGAUUAAAACAGCAGUUUAGGGCCAAGUCACUGCCUGCCUUUUGGAUUGGGGUGGAGAAAGACUACCCACUGCUAGGUGGAAAGGCGGUGUCCAUACUCCUCCCUUUUGCCACUUCUUACCUUUGUGAGGCGGGCUUUUCUGCAGUGGCCUCCAUCAAGAACAAAUACAGGGCAAGGUUGGACAUUGAAAGCGAACUGAGGGUGGCAAUCUCACAGUUGUCACCAAGAUUUGAAAAACUCUGUGCUGAAAAGCAAGCACACCCAAGUCACUGA